GUGAGUCUGCAGGUGAGUCUGCAGGUGAGUCCGCAGGUGAGUCUGCAGGUGAGUCUGCAGGUGAGUCCGCAGGUGAGUCCGCAGGUGAGUCUGCAGGUGAAGCGCUCAGCUGGAGGGGAUUUAAUGAUGUUUUGAAACACAAGGAGGGACAGCCAAUCACAGCAGAGGAUGCUGGAUCUCCAUGGUAACGUGGAUUGUUUGGGGAGGGGCAGCCUCGGAGUUCCUGUUUGUGUUUCAGCUGAAGAUCGAAGUGUCGCUAUGGCGGGGACAUCGAGACACGAUCGAGAGAUGGCGAUGAACGCCAAGCGCCAGCUGUCUGAGUGUUCAGACCCGGUGGAGAGGCUCAGGCUGCAGUGUCUGGCCAGAGGAUCGUCCGGGAUCAAAGGUCUGGGCAGGACCUUUAAAAUAAUGGACGAUGAUAGGAGCCGGUCCCUGGACCUGAAGGAGUUCCUGAAGGGUCUGAAUGAUUACGGGAUCCUGAUGGAGAAACAGGAAGCCACAGAUCUGUUCCAGGUCUUUGACCGGGACGGGAACGGGACCAUCGACUUCGACGAGUUCCUGAUCACUCUGAGGCCGCAGAUGUCCAAGGCCAGGAAGGAGGUGGUCAUGCAGGCGUUUCGCAAGCUGGAUAAGACGGGGGACGGAGUGAUCACCAUCGAAGACCUGCAGGGGGUCUACAACGCCAAGUACCACCCCAAGUAUCAGAACGGGGAGUGGACCGAGGAUCAGGUGUUCAGGAAGUUCCUGGACAGCUUCGACUCUCCGUACGACAAAGACGGAAAGGUGACCAAAGAGGAGUUUGUGAACUAUUACUGUGGAGUCAGCGCGUCCAUCGACAGCGAUGUCUACUUCAUCCUGAUGAUGAGAUCUGCCUGGAAGCUCUGAACCGGAUCACAGGACUCUGAUCCGGAUCACAGGACUCUGAUCCAGAUCACAGGACUGAUCCGGAUCACAGGACUCAAACAUGCAGCCUCAUCGAUGAACCUGAUUUUAUGAUGUUGAUGUGGAUUCUGUUUUUAUGUUUGUUGGUGAAAUAAAUAAUCUGUGUUCGUUGUGA